UAUCAAGAAAGAUAGAUCUUUUCAGUUUCGAAAUGAAUCAAAACCUUUCGAAAAUUUUGAUUUGGUGUUGUGUUUGCGCGAAUUUUCUCUUAGUUGAAAGCUACGAAACCAAGUAUGAUAACAUCAAUCUCGAUGACAUAUUCAAAAGUACCCGGUUGAUGAAUAACUACAUGAACUGUCUGAAGGGCAAAGGUCCUUGUACGCCCGAUGGCAAGGAGUUGAAAGAUAAACUUCCGGAUGCGCUGAAAAAUGACUGCAAACUGUGCUCGGAGCGGCAAAAAGUUGGCGCCGGUCAAGUGAUUCGUUUCAUAGUGGACAAUCGGCCGGAUGAUUUCCGGGAGCUGGAAGCGCUGUACGAUCCGACCGGGGAAUAUCGCUCACACUUCCUGGAUGAAAAUCUUCCCUUCCGACUUACAACUUCACUUCCGGGAACAGCUGAUGAGGAACAACCGAGCGAUGAUGGGGAAAGCUCCACGGCGACGAUUGCCUCCUACCUUACUGGCAUCGGUGCGGUACUUGUUGACGUAGGUGUUGUCGGGAUCGUACUUGGCCUGCAGGUUCUUCCACUGUUCGGCACGGUGAUCGAUCAGGUAGUUCAGCACCUUUUCGGUUCCGGACUUUUGCUUCUCGCUGCACUUGGCACAGUUGGUCUUCAGGGCAUCGGGCAGCACCUUCUUAAGCUCGUUGCCGUCCGGGGUGCAACGGCCCUGAUCCAUCAGACACUUGUAGUAGUUGUUGAAGAGGCGGUCCGACUUCAGGAUCUCGUCCAGGUCGACGCCGUCGUACUUGGUGGUGUAUUUGUCCUGGGCGGCCACCACGGCGAACAGAGCGAAUGCAGCUACGACGAACAGUUUCAUCUCGAUAUCUGUGGGGCAAAGACAAUCAUGAAACUCCUCGCCGUUGCAGUAUUCGUCCUGUUGGCCUGCCUGGCCCAGGUUCAGGCCCAGGAAGAGCAGUACACCACCAAGUACGAUAACAUCGAUCUGGAUGAGAUCCUGAAAUCGACCCGGCUCUUCAACAACUAUUUCAAGUGCCUGAUGGACGAAGGGCCGUGCACUCCCGAUGGCAAGGAGUUGAAGCGGCUGCUUCCGGAAGCGCUGCUAACAAACUGUGCCAAGUGCAGUGAAGUUCAGAAGGCCGGUGCCCUGAAGGUCGUCAACCAUACGAUCGAAAAUCGACCGGAGCAAUGGAAGGCACUGCAGGCCAAGUACGAUCCGGAAAAUGUUUACAUCGAAAAGUACCGCACCGAGGAGGGUAUCACUCUGUGAGCAUAACGCGCAACCUAGAAUGAACCAAGUGUGCAGUCGCCAGCCAAGUGUGACCAAAGACGAUGAUAAUGAUGCUAAGUGAAUUCGAAUUAUUGCUUUCGGUGUUUGUCGGCAGUGAUUGAUUUUGAGGUUGAUUGUUUUCGAAUCAUCCCUAUGCAGGAAACAAUAAAACCUUUAAAAUUGAAA